CAAAACAAAAUGGCGGUCGAGAAUGACUUUUAGGUUAAUGCUUCAUAAACUUGACAUUUUAUUUAUUUUAGAUGUUUUUAAGCAAAGUAAAGAUGCAGUUUGUCAUUAUGUAGCUUUGGAGAAGGAAUAUUUGCAAGAUUGUUUAGGACAGGUAAAAUAUAAUGGCUGAGAGAAAAGCCUGGAAGAAAGUCUUGUACGAUACACAGGAUUACCCAGAUAAUUAUGUUGAUAAAUCGUUCUUGGACGAAAUGAAAAAGAAUUUAUACACAAGGACAUAUGACUUCUGGUAUGUGGUAUGGGAAUCUGGCAUUGUAUCUCAACAGAUAAGCAGCUUGUGCAUCUUUGUCGCCAUGUUUGUGUACAUGGAUUUGAACCUCGUUUCUCCAACAAUCCUGUUCACUGUAUCAAGCCUACUGACUGCUAUGGGAUACCUCAUAUUUGAUUUGAUAGAUGGAGGUGAAGUGAGAAGAUCCUGUGGACGCUCAAAAAAAGAUGAUUUGAAAAGUCUUUGUUUGGUUCUUGGAUUCAUUUUUGGACUGUCUCCUAUUCUGAAAGAUCUGACUGACUCAAUAAGUACAGAUACUAUCUAUGCUAURACGGCAUUUAUGCUUAUCCUGAACCUUCUUUUCCAUGACUAUGGAGCAAGUGGAGCAAUAGUUUCCAAAUCUGCUUCAUUCAAUGCAUCCAUCUUUGCAUCAGUUUGUUUAGCAUCCAGGCUGCCGACAUCUUGGCAUGCUUUUGUGAUGGUGAUCUUUGCUAUGCAGUUGUUUGCUCUUCUUCCUCUACUCAGGGGACAUCUCAAGGAGCAUGUUAAAUUAAUUCACACACCAUUAACAUGGAUAAUGGUGUCAGGAGCCAUUGCUUUAAUCUACCCACUCUCUCCCCUCUUUGCUGUACUGCUGGCUUUGGCUCACUUAACAGUCACUUUUGUGUGUCCUUUAUGGUUUGUGAAGCUUCAAUGCUUGAAAAAUAACAUUCAUGGCCCAUGGGAUGAAGCAAUAAUCAAAGAUUAACAAGGUUGGCUGACGAAAAUAAAAUAGUAAUGCAAGAGUGGGGAAGAAAUUAAAUAAGAGGAAGUAAAUCAUUGCAGUAAGAACAACUGUAGAGUAGUUAAUAUUUUUAUUUUAUUUAUAUAGCAUAUUUACAGAUGGAUCAAAUUGAUCUUCCCCAUUAGCAACCAUUGUUGUAUAUUCAUCUAAUAGAAAAUGUAAUGAAGCUAAAAGAUCUUAUAAUAAACUGCAUAUUUGUAUUACAUUUUUUGUUACCCGGUCAAGAAUCGUAAGUCUUAGACUUAAAAUUAAAGUUAAAAUCCAGAGAAAAAUAAAUUGAACCUGUCAACCUGAACUGACAUGUUGUUUCAGGAUUUGAUAAAAUUAAUGUUUUCUUAGAGCCAAAUGGUCGAAGCAGCAAGAACUUGAUUAUGACUUUGAUGAAGAUCAUUAAACUUUUAAUUGACA